GAAGGAAAAAUCAUCCAUAUGCUAAUACUGUAUUUUGCAUAGUCACAUCUGGUCAUUAUCCAUGUACAAAAAUAUUUUAUGUAUUUCAUUUUAUACACGGUGUAUAUGCUACUUUAUAAAGGAUUAGCUAACUCACUUUCAUUUUAAGAGAAUUUGAUUAAUACUAGAAAAAGCAUUUAGAGUAAGCCAAAUCUAUUUUUUCUUGAUCAGAGCAGUUAUGUGCUAAUAGGUUAUAUAACACAAAUUCUGUGGGGUUUUUUUCUUUUCUUUUCCUUUUUGAGGUGGGGGUUAUUGCGGAAUGAAGAAAUGCCAUGUGAUUUCUGAGGCGUUUGUUCUAAGGAAAUAUAUGGGAGGAGAAGAAAUACAGGGUCAUUCACUGUUUGAGAUCCUUAAAAGACCUCUGAAAGACCCAUAGUUAUGCUAAGGGUAUGACUGACUUCUGCAAAUGAGUUUCUUAGGAGCCUAGAGAAAAGGCCACAUUUAAGGACACUAAAUUCUACCAGCGUGGCCCCGUCAAGCCCAAGGUGACUUACUUCCUUGCCCUUGGGGCCAAACUUCUGGCUUUUUUUCUUGAACUUUCUUCCUCUUUUACAUCUCCCUUCCUCUGCCUGCUACCUCCGGCUCACCUGAUAGGAUUUAGCUCAGGUGUCCCCUCUUGCAUAAUUCCCUCCCAGACUCCCUUUUCCUCCUGCCUGGAGCAGUUAUUUCUGGUAAGCUCUCAGGACUUUCGUAAGGAUCCUCCUCAGGCCCUGGCCUCACUCACCUGCACUCUGUCUCAGCACCUUGAGGAGGACGUGGCACUUCGUGGGUGGUGGAAGAUAUGGAUGAACAGACACCGGCCUGGAAAUGUACAAUGGUGCUUUACCUAAUGGAGACCGCGGCCGGAGGAAAAGCAGAUUUGCUCUCUAUAAGCGGCCAAAGGCUAAUGGAGUCAAACCCAGCACGGUCCAUGUGAUAUCCACGCCACAAGCGUCCAAGGCUAUCAGCUGCAAAGGUCAACACAGUAUAUCGUAUACUCUGUCAAGGAAUCAGACUGUGGUGGUGGAAUACACACAUGAUAAAGACACGGAUAUGUUUCAGGUGGGCAGAUCAACAGAAAGCCCUAUCGACUUCGUUGUUACAGACACAAUUUCGGGCAGUCAGAACAAUGAUGAGGCCCAGAUUACACAAAGCACCAUAUCCAGGUUUGCCUGCAGGAUCGUCUGCGACAGGAGCGAACCUUACACAGCACGGAUAUUCGCAGCCGGAUUCGACUCUUCCAAAAACAUAUUUCUUGGAGAAAAGGCAGCAAAAUGGAAAAACCCCGAUGGCCACAUGGACGGGCUCACUACAAAUGGCGUCCUGGUGAUGCAUCCACGAGGGGGCUUCACCGAGGAGUCCCAGCCUGGGGUCUGGCGUGAGAUCUCUGUAUGUGGAGACGUGUACACCUUGCGAGAAACCAGGUCGGCCCAGCAGAGGGGAAAGCUGGUGGAGAGUGAGACCAACGUCCUGCAGGACGGCUCCCUCAUUGACCUGUGCGGGGCCACCCUUCUCUGGAGAACAGCAGACGGCCUUUUCCAUACUCCAACGCAGAAACACAUCGAAGCGCUCCGGCAGGAGAUCAAUGCCGCCCGGCCACAGUGUCCCGUGGGGCUCAACACCUUGGCCUUCCCCAGCAUCAAUAGGAAGGAGGUGGUGGAGGAGAAGCAGCCCUGGGCAUACCUCAGCUGCGGCCACGUGCACGGGUACCACAACUGGGGCCACCGGAGCGACACGGAGGCCAAUGAGAGAGAGUGUCCCAUGUGCAGGACUGUGGGCCCCUACGUGCCUCUCUGGCUCGGCUGCGAGGCAGGGUUUUAUGUAGACGCAGGACCACCAACUCAUGCUUUCACCCCUUGUGGACACGUGUGCUCAGAAAAGUCUGCGAAAUACUGGUCUCAGAUUCCGUUGCCUCAUGGAACUCACGCAUUUCACGCUGCCUGCCCUUUCUGUGCUACCCAGCUGGUUGGGGAACAGAACUGCAUCAAAUUAAUUUUCCAAGGUCCAGUUGACUGAUGCCCUUGACAGCCAUCUACGACUUUAUUAACAAGUUACUGUGAAGAUUUUGCCACUAACUCUAGAUUUUACCUUUUUAUAAUGCUGUUUAUUAAGGGGAGGG